UAAUAAAUAAAAGCCAUUGAAUGAGAUGGUGUGUACAACCUUUUGACUGGUACUGUAGCUGUACUCUGAUGUUCUGAAUGACUUUAUAACUACAGAAACUACCUUUUUGAAAGCACUUUGAGACUGACGUUUAAUUUUUCCUGUCUUUGUCUUGCAGACCUGUCAAGUGAGUCUGAUGGUGACCAUUCAGGGAUCUGCUCAGGGGAACCGUCUCAACCUUCCUUACAGUAACGUACAGUGUCGCAUUGUCACCAGCAAUCAGCUUAAACAAAUACUGGUGAGACCUAUGCAAGACCUGCUGAACGACAGAUUGAGCGACUUCCUGGAAGGUUGGUUCUAUGGUGGAGUCCCAGUUCCUCUGCCUGAAGGAGUGAUCUUCACUCAGGGCAUAGUCGAGUAUCACAAUGGCUUCGUUGUGGUUGGAGGGAAUCUGAACCUGACUCCGGCUGGGAGGCAGGCGCUGGGGGACAGAAACGGCAGAUAAAAGUUCUUCACGUCUGGAACUAAAGUUCAAACAGAAAUACAGCUUCAGAAGAGUGUCAUGCUUCACUGCAAUAAAAGCUUCAGCAUCAGA